AUGGAAAUACCAAACUAUGAUAGUACUAGUGGCCCGGAUAAAAAAUAUAAACAGUUAUUUCCUUACAUGCCAUUAGAUACAUUUCGGAUGUUAAUUUGUGGAAACAGUGGAAGUGGUAAGACUAAUCUGUUAUAUCACAUGUUAAUUAAACCGCUGUUGUACUAUGAUGAAAUUUAUCUUUAUCCGCGUAAUUUAGAGCAGGAUAAGUAUCAAAACUUAAUUCAAAAAAUGAGGGAGUUGAGUAGUAAAUUAGGAUAUGAAAUACUUCAUGUGAGUAAUGAUGAAAUAACUCCAGUGACAGAAAUGGAUUAUGAGGACAAUAAAAAACUUGUGAUAUUUGAUGAUUAUGUUUGUGAUAAAAACCAGAGACAGUUAAUAGAUUAUUUUAUUCAAGGACGACAUAAGAAUUGCUCUGUAAUCUAGUCAAUCAUUUUACAAAACUCCAAAGGAUAUUCGGCUGAAUUGUUCUCAUUACUGCCUUUACGAAUUUCCAUCAUCGAGGGAAGCAAACAGAAUAUCAUCUGAAUUGGGAGUUAACAAAGAGACAUAUAAAGCAGCAACAAAAAAACCCUUUACAUUUCUAUAUGUUGAUAAACCUAGAAAACGUAUUGCUAAAAACUUUACUAGUAAUCUAAACUAAUAAAUAAAAAUGGGAAUAUUUAACGAACAAUCUUUUGAUCAUCCUUUUGCUAAAGGAAUUCAGGGUGCUCCAGGAGUUGGUUUUAGUCUAACCGCAGAUGGAAAUUAUGAUAUAAAUGGUAAAAGACUCACAAAUGUUGGUGCGCCUAAUUCUAAUACUGAUGCUGCUACAAAAAAAUAUGUUGAUGACAAUUCCAGUGGAUCACCCACAACAACACGAUUGACAGUUGAUUCAAACAUUGAUAUGAAGAAUAGAUACCGAAUUACAAAUCUUAACCCACCACUAGACCUUAAAGAACCAGCCACAAAAUAUUACGUAGACAACACAUUUCUUGACAGAGAUGGUUCCUACCCAAUGAAAGGUAAUCUCAAUAUGGGCAAUAAUCGAAUAUUUAAUCUACCAGCUCCAAAUGGAGGUAAUCAACCAACACCAUUAGCUUUUACAGAUUUGAAGUAUCUCCACGUUGCUGGAACAAAUAAAAUGACUAAUAAUCUAAACAUGGAUAAUAAAAAAAUAAUUAACCUUAGACCACCAACAUCAAACACAGAUGCAACAACCAAAAAGUAUGUGGAUGACUCAAUACCUGAUACUAGUUCUUUAAAAAAAAAGAUGGAAGUAUAUCAAUGACUAAUAACCUAAAUCUUGGAAACAAAAAAAUAAUUGGUCUCGCAACUCCAACGACAAACACAGAUGCUGCAAGAAAGAAAUAUGUGGAUGAUAACACAGCUGCCCCAGAUUUUAGUAAUUAUUUGGAAAAAGAUGGUACUGUCGCUAUGACUGGAAACUUAAAUCUUAACAACAAUAAAAUAGUUGGUCUCGCAACUCCAACAUCAAACACAGAUGCUGCCACCAAAAAGUAUGUGGAUGAUAAUGCCGGAAGUCCAGAUUUGAGUAAUUAUUUGAAAAAAGAUGGUACUGUUCCUAUGACUGGAGACUUUAAUGUUGGUAAUAAUAAAAUAGUUGGUCUCGCAACUCCAGUGUCAAACACAGAUGCUGCAACCAAAAAGUAUGUUGAUGAUAAUACUGGAAGUCCAGAUUUGAGUGAUUAUUUGAAAAAA